CAUUUCCAGCAAGGAAUUGUCGGAGCUGAUCGAGAAGUUGCAGAAGAAUGCCGACCAGGUGGAGAGGAACAUCGUGGAGGCAGACACCAAGAUGCAAAACGAUCUGCACAAGCUUAAGGCCGGGCAGUCUGCCCAGUUUCAAGACUACACGUCAGACAAGCUGAUAGAAUCCGAGAAGCUCCUCUACGUCCUGGACGGAGAUGCGGCGGUCGCGCGGCACAUGAAACAUCCGCAGGGGGAAAUGAUCACAGAGGACAUCCGGCAGCUGAAGGAGAGGGUGGCGAACCUGCGUGCGAAACACGACCAGAUUUACAACUUCACCCCGCAGGAGAUAGAACCGCAGGUGGACUGGUCCGCGGUGAUCGACGAGAAGCAGGAGAAGUUGCUCAGCCAGGGCUUUGGGACCGACUUGCCAUCCGUCAACAACCAGGUGGAGGAGCACAACAUCUUCCACAACGAGGUGAUGGCGAUCGGACCGCACAUCAGCAAGGAGGGAGCCAAGGAAUACAUGAGUGAGUUGCAGACCAAAUACCAGAAAUUACUGGCAGGAUCCCAGAAGAGGCAGCAGGAUCUGAACUCGCUGCACGAUUACAUGCAGCGCUGCACCAACAAGCUCUACUGGCUCGAUCAGCAGGCCAAGGACCGGAUGCAGUACGACUGGAGCGAUCGCAACCUGGACUACCCCAGCCGGCGCCGUCAGUACGAGAAUUUCAUCAACCGAAAGUUAGAAGAGAAAGAAGAAGCCAUCAACAAGCUUCACAAGGACGGGGACGGCCUGCUGGCGCAAAGCCACCCUGGGAAGAUCCCCAUUGAGGCUCACGUGGAGGCGGUCCACGCCGACUGGAAGGAGUACCUCAACCUGCUCAUCUGUGAGGAGAGUCACCUCAAGUUUAUGGAGGACUACCACCAGGUAGCUACUGGCACGACCGCUUUGCUACGGGAACUGGAGGACCAAGAGAAGGCCUUGGACAAGUACGAGGACGUGGUGAAGUCCCUGCAGAAGCGCGGCCAGCAGGUGCUGCCGCUGAGGUAUCGCCGGGAGACGCCCCUCAAGCCCAUCCCGGUGGAAGCCCUCUGUGACUAUGAAAGCGACCAGGGUCAGAUCACGCGCGGAGCCACCUACAUGCUGCAGAAGAACAACGGUGACCUCUGGGAGGUCACAGACAACGCGGGAAGCAUCAUCUCCACCCCCGGCGUCUGCUUCAUGAUCCCUCCGACGGAUCCGGAAUCACUGACCCUUGCUGACAACAUCUCCGGCCAGUAUCAGAGUGUGAAGCAGAAGACAGCCGGCACGAAGACCCUCCUGCAGCAGCGGCACGACACCCUGAAGGCGGACAGCAUCGGAGAUGCGGCGUCUGUAGAAGGGCGGCAGCUGCUGGCCGGGCUGGAGAAAGUGAACAGCGAGCUGGAUAAGCAGGAGAAGGCCAUCACGGCGAACCUGCGUCCUCCGCUGGAGCAGAGCCGGGCUGUGCAAGACAGCUCUCUCCUUGUUUUACCUUUACAGAAUAUCACUAACGAGCUCCGGCGCAUCGAGCCCGAGAAAGCGCGCAAGGUCAAAGAGUGCGAAGCCUUCAUUGAAUCAGUCCCAGACACGGGCAGUGCCACGUUGGUCAAGAAACGGGCAGAGGAAACCAACAACAAGUACAACUACGUGGUCCAGCUGCUGAGCGCCGCUCAGGAAAAAGUCGACGUGGCCAAUCGCCUUGAGAAGAGCCUCCAGCAGGGGAGAGACCUGCUUUCUGGCUAUGAAAACAAGCUGGCCAUCGAGAAUACGAUCCCUGAAGACAUCCGAGCCCUGGACCGCAAAGAAGAGGAGCUGCGGAUCCUGGGUUCUGAGCUGCAGGCCCAGCGGCCUCUUCUGAAUGAGGCAGAGCAAGAUUUGCAGAGGGCCAAGAAAUGCUCCAGCACCCUGGCCAGCCGGUUCCAGGAGCACUGCCCAGACAUUGAGCGCCAGGAGGCUGAGAUCCACAAGCUCUUGUUCAGCAACCUCGGCAAGCAGAUUGAUCACAGGUCUCAGAUCAUCCAGAGAGCCAAAUCGGCCUAUUCUGACUACCGUGCCGGCUAUGACAACCUGAGCCGUUUCCUUUCCCACGUGCCCAAUUAUGAGCCGCAAGAAACCGACAGCGUCGCCAAUGUGGAAGACAAGCUGAAGAGCCAAAGGGCCCUGCUGGGAGAAAUUGCAAACAAAGACCAAGAAGUCCAUCGGGUCUCGGCUGACGCUCAGCGCUACCAGCAGGCAGUGAAGGACUACGAGCUAGAAGCGGAGAAGCUGCGCUCCAUUAUCGACCUGGAGAACGGGCGCAACGGGUUCAUGAGCAAGAGACCCAGGCUUCAGUCUCCUGCUGCAAAAGUGAAAGAGGAGGAAGCUCAGCUGGCUGCAAAGUACACGGAAGUGAAUGCGGUCAACCGACAGAGGUUACAGAACUUGGAGUUUGCCCAGAACCUCUUGAAACAGCAGCCAGAUGUCCAUGUGAUGCAGGAGUCGGUCCAGACCAGCCAUUCCGAGAGGCCGCUGGAGGAAAUCUGGAAGCUCAAGAAGGAGCUGGACGACGAGAGCCAGCGACGGCAGCAGCUGGAGGCGGAGAUCAAGGCAAUCCAGGAGAACAUCCUCUUCCUGCAGAACCAGAAGCCCCAGGAGUCCGUGGUCAGGAAGGAGGUGGUGAAGAAGAUGCCCGACCCGCAGCUGGACGAGAGCUUCCACAAGAUGCAGCAGAACCUGGCUGAGGAGCAGCGCAGGAACCAGGCGCUGCGGGACGAGGUGGAGGGCCUGAGGCUCAAGCUGCGCGUCCUGGAACACGAGAAGAAAGAAGGCGGGCAGGAGUACGUGGUCAAGGAGGUCCUGAGGAUCGAGCCUGACAGGUCACAGGCAGAGGAGAUCUUGAAGCUGAAGGAGGAGCUGGAGGAACUCAAGCGGCAGGAAGGGUCCCGGGAGAACGAGAUGGCUGUCCUGCGCAGGCAGGUGGCUGCUCUGUCCAACGAGAAGAACACGGAGCUGGAGAAGGUGACCGAGAAGGAAGUGGUGAAGCUGCAGAACGACCCCCAGCUGGAGUUGGAGUACCAGCAGCUGCAGGAGAGCAAGCAGAAGGAAAGCACGCUGAGGCAGCAGCAGGAGGAAGAACUGCGCUUCCUGCAGGACAAGCUGAAGCGGCUGGAGAAGGAACGGGCCAUGGCCGAGGGCAAGAUCACCGUCAAGGAGGUGCUCACGGUGGAGAAGGACCUAACGAUGGAGAGGGAGGUGAACGACCUGCGGCGCCAGUAUGAGGAAGAGAAGGCCAGAGGGCGCUCCAAUGAGCGGGAGAAGGCUGAGCUGCUCCGGAAGAUCCAGGCCUUGGAAGAGGAGAACGCCAAGGUGAUUGUCCAGGAGAAGGUCCGGGAGAUUGUGCGGCCGGACCCCCAGGCGGAAAGCGAGGUGGCCAACCUUCGCCUGGAGCUGGUGGAGCAGGAAGGGAAACUGCGAGGUGGGGAGGAGCAGCUGAAGGACUGCCAGAGCGAGCUGGCUGCCCUGCGGAACAGAGGGCCCCAGGUGGAAGUUCAAGAAGUCAUCAAGGAAGUCAUCAAGUACAAGAACGACCCGGAGACGGAGCUGGAGCUGCAGCAGCUCCGGGACGAGAUCGUGGAUCGGACCAGAGCCAUCGAGAGAGCAGACCUGGAGAUCUACCAGCUGAAGCAGGAGAUCGAGACUCUGAAGAACACCCAGCCUCAGGUCCAGGUGAAGGAGGUGAUCCAAGAGGUGCUGCAGUACCGGGAAGACCCGCAAACGAGAGAAGAGGUGGAGUCCUUGAGGGCUCAGCUGGCCGAAGAACAGCGGAAGCACAUGGAUCUGGAGCGGGACCGGAGGCAGCAGGAGGAGAUCAUCCGGCAGAAGGAGGAGGAACUCUCCCAGGUGAAGGAGAAAGUGGUGCAGCAGGAGGUGGUGAAGCUGGAACAAGACCCUGCCCGGAAAGCCGAGAUCGACUCCUUCUCCCAGAGCAUAGAGAAGGAGCUCAACCAGAUCGACACACUGCGGGGCGAGAUGCGCAAGCUGCAGCGGAGGCGGUCGGAGCUGGAGCGGCAGCUGGAGGAGCUUGAGAAGGAGCGGCAGGCCCGCCGAGAGGCCGAGCUGGAGGUGCAGAGGUUGCGGAUCCGGCUGAACGAGCUGGAGGAACAAGAGCGGGAGACCACGGAGCGGGUCACCGUGAAGCAGAAGGUAAUCCUCCAGCAGGACCCUCAGCAGGAGAAGGAGCACGCCCUGACCAAGAUGGAGCUGGAGGAGGAGAAGCACCGGAGGCAGGUCCUGCAGGCGGAGCUAGAGGCACUGCGGAAGAAGCUCCAGACCCUGGAGAAGAUGGAGGUCAAGGAGAAGGUCGUCGUCUCCGAGAGCAUUCAGGUGGACAAAGGGGACACCGAGUUUGAGAUCCAAAAGCUGAAGAGCAACCUGGAGGAGGAGAGCCGGCGGAAGAUGGAGCUCGAUGCAGACAUCAAUCGGCUGGAGGCCAAGUUGUCUGAAGUGGAGUUCAACAACUCCAAGUCUUCCAAAGAGCUGGACUUUUUGAGGGAGGAAAACCACAAGCUGCACUUGGAGAAGCAGAACCUCUUGCUGGAGACCCGGAGGCUGCAGUCUGAGAUUGAGCUCACCAUGACGGAAGCCCGGGAUUUACGGAACAUGUCGCAGGUGGAGAGCAGCCUGAACUUGGACUCCCGCUUCCAGUCGCUGGAACGAGAACUGGAUGAUUUGAAGCACAUGUCUCGGGAGAAGGACGAAGAAAUCGAGCAGCUCCAGAACCGCCUUCAGACCGUGGCCAUCAAGAGGGAGCAGCGGGAGAACCACUUGAGGCGUUCCAUCGUGGUCAUCGACCCAGACACUGGCAAAGAGAUGUCCCCCGAGGAAGCCCACAAAUUCGGCCUGAUCGAGUGGAGUCUCUACGUCAAGCUGAAGAACCAAGAAUGCGACUGGGAAGAGAUCACUGUCAAAGGGCCCAACAGCGAAUCCUCCGUCAUCCUUGAUAGGAAGUCAGGGAAGAAGUUCUCCAUCGAAGACGCCUUGAAGAGCGGAAGGCUAACCCCUGCUCAGUACGACAGUUACCUGAAUAAGGAGAUCUCCAUCCAGGAGCUGGCAGUUUUGGUGUCUGGACAGAAAUAGCUUGCUUUCUCCUCUGAGAGAGGGGGGGGGGGGAAGGAAAAAAAAACUGUUUUGAAGCAGCCAGCAGCUUGAAGCUGCACCACUUGUUACAAACUUAGCCAUUUGCUGCCUAUUGCCCGCCUUCCGGGGGUUUAUUCCCCAAAUCUAAGGCCUUAAUCCUCCCCCACCCAAUGCUGCAUUUUUCAAGAUUGCAAGAUACCCUUUUCCUCCGCCAACCAGUAAUGUCAAACUACUUUGGCUCAGUCAGAAUGGUGGCCGAGAAAUAGUGGGGAAGACCCAUCCGCUGCCCAACUUGCUCUUAUGAAUGUGUAUCCCCCUUGUCUAUACGCCCCCUCAAAGCACAUUCCCUCAGCACAGAGACUAAGACUGCAAGCCGUGAUACCGCUCCUCCAGCCAUCUCAUAUAGUUGCAAGUCGGUUUCCUCAGCUCUUUCGUUCUCGGGCUGUUGCAAGGCUAUUUGUGUAUGUUACUUGGGGAUAAUACUGGCCUACCUUCUAGGGCUGUUGUAAGGCUGAGUCUAUGAAAAGUUCUGGCAACUUUUAAACUGCUGCAUUCAGUGUUAUUAUUGCAUUAAGUCCUUUCUCUCUUCUCCCUCCAUCCCCCAGCCAUCGAAUUAUGCCAAAGACAAAAGCUUGCAUGAGCAGUUGUGGAGAGCCCGAUAACCAUCUGCUAGUAUGGCUGGUAGCCUAAAUAGUCUGAAGCCAGGUGCUUUUAGCUGUGGUUAUUGGAUGAAUUCGUAGCCGCUUCAAAGGAAGGGUUGCCUCUGGGUCCUUAGAUUGUCACUAAGCACUCUGUGCUCUUUCAGUACAAGCCAGUGUCUCGCAGUAGCAUGUAGUCAAAGAGAGGAUGAGGAAUCUUGGAUUAUCACAGUGCUUUUAUCCAUUCUACCGAGUAGGAAAAAGUGAAGAUAGUAGAGUUGCAUGGUUUUGUUUUGUUUUUUAAAAACGACUUUUCAGGUCUUCAGAGUCAUACUUUAGAAGGGACAUUCCCUGCUCCGUAAAAAAAAAAAAGAUGGGAGACUAGGAAACGGUACCACAAUACCCAGCUCCUAGAAACGCUUUCUUUCCCGUAUCACGGUAA